GCUUGGAUUGCGUGAGGCGUACGGAGGGUGUUUUUUUCUGGCACGUCAGGCUGGAGUCAAGUCACUUUAGUUUCAUUUUAAUUAAAUCUUCGCCCGUACACCGCGAAAGACUCACCGACAUGCAGUGACAUUUACCGGACAGUUUCCCAGGGGCGGAAGGGGAACGAUCUCGCAUUGUUUUUAGUUUGAUCUCUCUUUUUAGCAACUCUAAUGUGCUAACUGCUAGCUGCUAAGCGGUGUUUGCUAACGGACAUCACGUCAACAUUCCUUGAAAACUCAAGCAUGGCAGAUGAAAAUACACAGUUUUGUGGAAACUGCAAACAUGACAUUCCAGAAGCAAACUUUACCACUCACGAAAUCCACUGUCACCGGAACAUCGCCUUGUGUGACGUGUGUCAGGAGCCUGUUCCCCGGGCAGAGCUGCACACCCACAAGCAGCAGGAGCACUCCCAGGUUUCAUGCAAGUGCGGCCUGAAGAUUGAUAAAAACCUCUUUGACGUCCAUCAGAACGCUGAGUGUCCCCAGCGUCUGGUGCCGUGCCCAUACUGCGACCUGGAGCUAGUCUUCAGUCAGUCUAAAGAACAUGAGGAGUACUGCGGCACACGCACAGAGCCCUGUCCACACUGCAGGUGCAAUGUGAUGCUGAGGGAGCAGGCCAUCCACCCUUUCCUUUGCGGCAGCCUCACCCCUCCCCAGGAGAGGAACAACAGCCGGGCCAGCCCUCCUCCAGGAGACCCCCAGCCUCCCGCGUCCUGGUUUGAAUCUAACUCCAUCAGGAACCACCUGCGAACUCAGGACCGAGGCCCCAAGAACAACAACAUCAGUGCAGCCGAGAACUUCAACAGAUAUGCUCCUCCUGACUGGAAGAACUCUGGUCCGAGGAACAUGUUGAACCACUUGCUUGAGGACAGUGACUUUGAGUCUCACAGCAGCAGGCUCUGGCCCCAACAAAACCUAUUGGACGAGGACUCCUCUGGGCUGGACUACAUGCUGGCCCUGAGCCUCCAGAGUGACAGUGAGACAGGGGCAGGGGGAGCUGGGGGGGCAGGAGGGGGACAGCCCAGCCCCUGGAGCUCCAUCUGGGACCAGAGACCAGCCAGCACCUCAGACAGCUCUCCCACAAUCUGCACCUCCUCCUUGACCGGCGGGGGGCCGGACCAGGGUUCAGCAGAGAUCAUGCUGCCCUGUGAGUUUUGUGAGGAGCUGUUUCCUGAGGAGGACCUCAUCUUGCAUCAGACUGGAUGCAGUCCGGCCUCUGCCUUUGCCUCCUUCAGUAAACAUGGCUCUUCUCCUCCCAGAGAGGACAGGACACCUCAGGACAACACCGGAUUUGUCUUCAAAAGCCUGAGUCAGCCCAACCGUCUGACCUCCAUGUUCUCCUCAUUCCCCCAGUACCCCCGGCCCCUGUCCCCCUCUUACAGCCCCCCUGCCAGCCCACUAGAGGGAGACAUACUCAUCCCCUGUGAGUUCUGUGGAGUGGCUCUGGAGGAGGCUGUGGUCUUUCAUCAUCAGGAUAAAUGUGACAUGCGGCCCCAGACUUCUCUCCAGCUGAACAAUAUGACAUCAUCUAAUAUGAAACCACUCAACUCGUCUAAGGAUAAAUCUCCAGAUUCUGCCAGAAGGAUAAAACACCAAGCAGACGUACCAGAUGACUUUUUCCGAUUUGACGAGGACACAUCAGCAGAGGCCAGUGUGUGGCCCCCUCACAGACAACCCUCCAACAGUGACCAGGCUCCUCGCGAAGCAGACGUGAGCGCUGGAGCGGCAUCUCAAAGAGGGCGAGCCGAAAAUAAAGAGGGGAGGGACAACCGAAGGACUCACGCCACAAAGUUGCCCAAAAAGCAGAAUGAAGAGCCACAAGACGAGUGACUAACCCCUUUUUUUAAUAUAAAUCUAUGUCCCAUAUAAAAAGUAACACCUCCCAUUCUAAAGAAGUGCCUGCAUUAUUGUCCUGAUUACACUGGACACCAAAUCACACACAUAUUCGGUUUCAUCUUGUGUCUGCGUAUUUUGAACGAGCAAGCCAACGUUUUCCAAAAUGAUGGCAGCCUAAAAUGCCUGGGAUCAGAGCUUUCAUUCCCUCUCACAGUCCUGUCUCGUCUCGUCAGUGUUCCUAUUCCACUCAAGCACUUUUAUUAAUGAUCUUAUCAAAAAGGGCUUAUCAAAAGUAUAUGACAAUGCUUGUUGUAGUUAUUUACUAAAAAUGUUAUGGUUUUUAUACUGUUACUUUUUUCUGUUUUUAAAAAAUUCAGCUGUAACUGUCGUGAUAAACAUACAUUCUAUUUACUUGCAAUAAUGUAUUUGUAACCUCUAAAUGAAUAUAUAAAGUAGGAUUUCAUGGAUGCACAUCAGUGUUUUUUAUGAGGACCAUAGCUUAGACCUUUUGGCACAUGCUUGGCCUUUUGUGGAGCUAUUCUAAAUAUAAAGUCUUGUGUUGUUAUAUUUGAUUCAAUUGUUAUCUCAGUUUAAAACAAGUAACAUAAAACAUUAAAUUUUAAAGUCUGUUCUUCAA